UCUCACUGUAGUCCGGACCCUCAUUCGCUUGGGAUCCUGUGUAAGCUCGGAGAUGUCUGGUCGCGGCAAACAGGGCGGCAAGGCGCGCGCCAAGGCUAAGUCCCGCUCAUCGCGUGCCGGCCUGCAGUUUCCCGUGGGUCGCGUGCACCGCCUGCUGCGCAAGGGCAACUACUCGGAGCGCGUGGGCGCCGGCGCCCCGGUGUACCUGGCGGCGGUGCUGGAGUACCUGACGGCUGAGAUCCUGGAGCUGGCGGGCAACGCGGCCCGCGACAACAAGAAGACGCGCAUCAUCCCACGCCACCUGCAGCUGGCCAUCCGCAACGACGAGGAGCUCAACAAGCUGUUGGGCCGCGUGACCAUCGCGCAGGGCGGCGUCCUGCCCAACAUCCAGGCCGUGCUGCUGCCCAAGAAGACGGAGAGCCACCACAAGGCGAAGGGCAAGUGAGGCGGCGCGUCGCCGCUCCGCACCGCCCUGCCCGGCCCGGCCCGGGCCCUGCGAUACCAAAGGCUCUUUUCAGAGCCACCCAUGUUCUCAGAAAAAGAGCCGCACGCCGCGCUCGCUCCGCGUAGGGGCGCCGCUGCCGGCGGCAGUGAGUCGUUUGUUGCGCAGGCGCCGCCCCUCGGG